CAGUGCUACUGAGAGCAGAAAUGGAGCAGCAGGCAGUUCAGCUGGAUCGGGAAACUUUCUCAUGUCCCAUCUGUCUGGAUCUACUGAAGGAUCCGGUGACGACUCCCUGUGGACACAGCUACUGCAUGAACUGCAUUAAAAACUUCUGGGAUGAAGGAGAGAAGAAGGAAAGCUACCAUUGUCCUCAGUGCAGGAAAUCCUUCACACAGAGGCCUGACCUGCAGAAAAACACCAUCAUAGCAGCUUUAGUGGAGCAGCUGAAGAAGACUGGACUCCAAGCUGCUCCUGCUGACCACUGUUAUGCUGGACCUGAAGAUGUGGCCUGUGAUUCCUGCACUGGGAGAAAACUGAAAGCCAGCAAGUCCUGUUUAGUCUGUCUGGCCUCUUUCUGUGAGAAACACCUUCAGCCUCAUUUUGAUUCAGCUGCAUUUAAGAAACACAAGCUGGUGGAGCCAUCCAAGAACCUCCAGGACAACAUCUGCUCUAAGCAUGAUAGGUUGCUGGAGGUUUUCUGCCGCACUGAUCAGAAGUGUAUCUGUUAUGUUUGCAUUAUGGAUGAACAUAAAGGCCAUGAAACAGUGUCAGCUGCAGCAGAAAGGACUGAGAGGCAGAGAGAGCUGGAGGAGAGACGAGGAAACAUCCAGCAGAGAAUCCAGGACCAGGAGAAAGAUGUGAAGCUGCUUCAGCAGGAGGUGGAGGCCAUCAAUCGCUCUGCUGAUAAAACAGUGGAGGACAGUGAGGAGAUCUUCACCCAGCUGAUCCGUCUCCUCCAGAAAAGAAGCUCUGAGGUGAAGCAGCAGAUCAGAUCCCAGCAGGAAACUGAAGUGAGUCGAGUCAAAGAUGUUCAGGAGAAGCUGGAGCAGGAGAUCACUGAGCUGAAGAGGAAAGACGCUGAGCUGGAGCAGCUCUCACACACAGAGGAUCACACCCAGUUUCUCCUCAGCUACCCCCCACUGCCAGCACUCAGUGAGUCCACACACUCAUCCAGCAUCAACAUUCGUCCUCUGAGACACUUUGAGGACGUGGCAGCAGCUGUGUCAGAGCUCAGAGACAAACUACAGGACGUCCUGAGAGACUCAUGGACAAACAUCUCACUGAUUGUCACUGAGGUGGAUGUUCUACUGUCAGAACCAGAACCAGAACCAGAACCAAAGAGCAGAGCUGGAUUCUUAAGAUAUUCAUGUGAAAUCACUCUGGAUCCAAACACAACACACACACGGCUGGUUCUAUCAGAGGGGAACAGGAAGGUGGCAAGGAUGAAUCAGGAUCAGAAACAGACUUAUUCUAAUCAUCCAGACAGAUUCACUUAUUAUUUUCAGGUUCUGAGUAGAGAGAGGCUGACUGGACGUUGUUACUGGGAGGUGGAGUGGAGAGGGGAAUCAGUUUAUGUAGCAGUCGCAUACAAGAGUAUCAGCAGAGCAGGUUUAGGGGAUGAAUGUAUUUUUGGAUAUAAUAAUAAAUCUUGGGCAUUAUAUUGUUCUCAAAACAAUAGUAAAUUUUGGCACAACCAAAUUUCAACCUCCAUCUCAGGUCCAGUUUCCUCCAAAGUCGGAGUGUACCUGGAUCACACAGCAGGUAUUCUGUCCUUCUACAGCGUCUCUGAAACCAUGACUCUCCUCCACAGAGUCCAGACCAGAUUCACUGAACCGCUACUGGCUGGAGUUAGGAUUAAUAAGAUUGGAUCCUCAGCAAAGUUCUGUAAACCUAAAUAAUAAGAUCGCCUUACUUUAUUGCUCUGUUAUUUAGUUUCUGGUCUCAAUAUCUGUUUAUGUGUUUAAAAAGGAAUGUAAUUGAUCAUGUUUUUGUGUCAUAUUCAUCAUGAUUUAUUUCUUCUUUCUCUGUUUGUCACUUCAGCCAAACUGAGGUUUAUAGGUGGAUCAGAGUUUUAUUGCACAAAACCUCCAGAAACAAAUCAGAUUUUCUAGGCUAAUGUUAGCGGAUAUAUCUAUAAAAUAUUUUGUGUUUAUAUUUCCUAAUUGUAUAAAUAACUUGUGUGACAAUGUGUAACAUGUCCUAUAGCUUUGUGCAUCUUCAAAACAUAAUUCUGUUCAUAUAUCAGCCUUUGUGGAUCUUUUCAUUAUAAAUAAAUACAA